AUGGAAAUAAUGGAUGAACGUAAGAAAAAAAAGGUAGAUGCAGAAAGAUUACGACGUAAGAAAAUAAAUCAUCGUCUAGAUCAUCUUCGCAAUAUAUUAGCACUCAGUAAAGAUAUGACACGAAUUCAAAUACUCAAAUAUGCAGCUGACAAACUGAUUGGUAUACCUUUAACAAACACUUCUACUACUGAAUAUAAAUCAGAUCCAUUAUGUCUUAUAACUCCUAAGCCAUAUGAACAAAUUAAAUUCCUUUUACAUAAUGACUCAAUAACUGACAAGAUAAAAUUUACAAAAGCAUCAAUAGAACAAUAUCGUCGACGUCUAGAAAGAAUUGAAUAUGAUCGAAUACAUUCAUUUCUUGGUGGUGAAAAGAUGUCCGAUAUACAAUUAUUAGAUAAAUUAAUUGAAAUCAUAGAAAAUAUUGAAAAUUUUAAUAGAAAUCAAAAUUUAAAUAUGAAAUUAUCCGCGCCAAUCUCAUCACCAUUAACAACAGCCAUAAAAACAAUGAAAAUAAAAAUCAAUAAAAGGAAAGGAUUAAAAUUAUCGAAUAAUAAUAAUAAUAAUAAUAAUAAUAAUAAUAAUCAAUUCAUUCAUUCAUUUGAGCAAUCAAAAAUCAAUAAAUCAAUAAAACAAAAUAAUCAGUUCUAUGAAUAUAAUCAAAUACAAAAAAUCAAUAAUUUACAAAAAGAAAUAAGCAUGAAUAAAUAUUGGCGCCCAUGGGAGGAUGAAGAGAAUGAACAAGAGGAGGAGGAGGAGGAGGAGGAGGAGGAGGAGGAGGAGGAAGGAGAAGGAGAGGAUGAAAAUGUAUUUAGUUGA